AUGUUCAAGGCCUCCAAAGAAUCAAGAGCAGCUCUGCACCGCGUGCUCCAUCUCGGUCAGGCUGCAGGUAAGCCUGGGGAAGUUUACUACCCUCUCCAGCUCAGGAGGACUGAGAAGCCUGUUCCUGGAGAACAUGAGGUCCUCAUCCGGCUCAAAGCAGCUGCGCUGAACCAUCGCGAUCUCUUCGUCAGGCAUCAUCAAUACCCCGCCAUAUCCCUCGAUCAUCCCAUGUUAUCGGACGGUUAUGGAGUGAUUACUGAAGUUGGGCGAGGUGUUUCUGAUAACUCCCUACUCGGAGAAAACGUCCUCCUAACACCGAUGCGAGGCUGGAUAUCCGAUCCAACUGGCCCAGAGAACCCUGAAAAAUGGUCCAUUACCGGAUCGACCCGUCUCUAUGAUGUAGGCACCGCGCAAGACUAUGUUUGCGUUCACAAGGACGAGGUUGUUCCGGCCCCGAAACACCUGUCUGCCACGGAGGGCGCAGCUCUACCACUGGUAGGGCUUACAGCAUGGCGGGCACUAGUUACCAAGGCUGCUGUCCAGCCAGGACAGAAUGUUCUCAUUACAGGUAUUGGAGGCGGCGUUGCUCUCUCAGCCUUACAGUUCAGCGUGGCUAUGGGUGCCAACGUCUUCGUCACAUCUGGUAGUCAAGAAAAGCUCGAUAGAGCUAGAGACUUGGGUGCACAAGGCGGCGCGAUCUAUAAGAGGGAGAAGUGGGAGGCAGAUAUUCGCGAUCAGCUUCCGUCAUCGAGGCCUUUCAUUGAUGCUGUUAUUGACGGAGCAGGUGGUGAUAUCGUUAUCAAAGCUGUAAAGCUUCUCAAACCUGGUGGUGUUAUUGUUCAGUAUGGUAUGACCGUCUCGCCAAAAAUGAAUUGGACUAUGCCAGCUGUUCUUCUGAAUGCAGAAUUAAAGGGAACUACGAUGGGCUCUAGGCAAGAGUUUCGGGAUAUGGUUGCCUUCGUCGAUCGCAAAGGGAUCCGACCAGUGAUCAGCAGAAUAGUGCAAGGUCUGAGUAACCUCACGGAUAUUGAUGGGCUUUUUGACGAUAUGAAAGCUGGACGACAGAUGGGCAAGCUUGUUAUUAAGAUAGAGGAGCCAAGCAGCCCCAAGAUCUAG